AUUAUUAUUAUUAUUAUUAUUAUUAUUUAAAUGUCCGAUCUGGAAAGCCAGAUUUCUGAGAGAAGCCAGACUGGCAGUUACUCAGACACAAGUUCUGACGACAAUGCAGGCCUAGAUGCCUAUCAAGAUGAGCCGUUAGCCCUACCAGGGGAAAACGAGCUUCACCAACAAGAGGUUGACGAGGAUGGCAUUUCAGCCGUGACCUUGGAUGCACGGCUGGAAGGGAAAAUCCCCCUCAAUGAAUGGUGCAAGUGUAACCAGUGUAGAACUGACUUGCUGGAAAAUGCAAGGGAGUACAGGUGUUGCUGGGAAGUUGGGCCAGCCAUGGCCAAACUUACAUUGGAUGGCAGCACUGAGCCAUCCUGUGUUACACAACAUCAGGACUAUAAAGACCUGACCAAGAGGGUGGUGCUGGAGCAAGUUGGUCCGGUGCUACGGGACAAGCAGGGUCGCCCUUACCGUCGACGAGCUGGACAGCAUAUCAAUAUGUAUCUUAGAGCAGUGGCCUACAGGUGGGUUGUUCGAUGGAUGUGUGGCUACCUCGGCUGGGAACAUACACGACCUCUGUCAGCAUGCGUCUACCACAGGCUGAGAACUGAUUACAGUGAUGGUCAAACCAGGGGCUACAAAUCCUCUAUGGAAAGCUAAUUCUAAUAAAAUACUAUAACUUCA